AUGGCCGUCUCCAUCCCUACCCAGCUCAAAUUCAAGCCACCUAAUCCUCUUCUGCUUCAAAUUUUCCACCCUCAUCUCACAGUUGUUACUGUCAGAACCCAAAAGUCCAACAUCUGUGGGGAUUAUUAUGUUUAUAAUAAUAAUCAUAAGUUCAAUUUUAGAGCCCGUUACGGAGACUCAAGUUUUAGAGUUAAGGUCUCUGAUGAUGGUGGUUCCGUCCCACAUCAGCCUUCCUCUUCUGAAGUUGAUGCCCUGAGAAGUAACUCAUCUGCUGUUGGUGAUAGUUACGUGGCAUUGUUCAUCCGUAUGCUGGGUCUAGAUAACAAUCCUCUUGAUAGAGAACUAGCUAUAGUUACAGUCUGGAAGUAUUCACUCGGGGGAAAGUCAUGCGUAGACAAUAUUAUGCAAUUCGGUGGUGUUGUAAAUCUCACUGUCAACCUUCUGAAGUCAGAUUCUGAUUCUGCUUGUGAAGCAGCUUCUGGGGUGUUGAGAAUGAUUUCUUCCUUUGAUGAAUAUAGACUGUCAGUUGCAGAAAGUGGGGCCAUCGAAGAAAUAACCGGCUUGCUAAGACGAUCCUCAAUAUCUUCAAAUGUAAAGGAGCAAAGUCUGGGUACCUUGUGGAACCUGUCAGCAGAUGAAAAUCCUCAAAGGAAAAUAUGUAACCAAGAACUCCUGCUUCUGCUUAUCAAAUACUUGGAGGAUGAAGAUGUAAAAGUCAAGGAGACAGCUGCAGCGGUUUUGGGUAAUUUAGCGUUGGCCCAUUCAACGCACAAGAUCAUGGUGGAAGCUGGCAUUAUUCCGGCAUUGGCAAAGCUUUUGACGUCUAAUGAAGAAGGCCAGAAGGUCAUCAGAAAAGAGGCAAGAAGGGCAUUACUAGAAAUUGCAAAAGAUGAUUACUACAAAAUUCUUUUGCUGGAAGAAGGCCUUGUCCUGGUCCCUUUGAUUGGCAGUGCUGCGUAUAAAUCUUUCAAACCAGCUUUGUAUUCGUGGCCUUCAUUGCCUGAUGGUUCUAAGCUGGAGCAGAAUGCAAAAGGUCCUUCUAGAUAUGGUGCAUCAGAACUACUAAUUGGGCUAAAUGAUCAAGACCAGAACUUGGAUGAGGCAAAAAUGAAUGCUAUAGUUGGUAGAACACAGCAACAGUUUCUUGCUCGAAUAGGAGCAAUAGAAACUGAAGAUGAUGAUCAAUUAAACCAGCCACAAUCCUCGUGUCAGAGAUUCACACUCUUGCCAUGGAUAGAUGGAGUUGCUCGGCUAGUUCUGAUUCUUGGGCUUGAUGAUGAUUCAGCGAUAGCAAGAGCUGCAGACUCAAUUGCUGAUUCAUCUAUCAAUGAACAUAUGCGUGUGUCAUUCAAGGAAGCUGGAGCAAUUAAGCAUUUAUGUCAGCUACUUCAUCAUCCAAAUGAAACUGUGAGAUUGCCUGUGAUUCGGGCUUUAGAAAGACUCACUCUCAGCAAUAAUAUUUGCCAAAUGGUUGGUGAAGAAGGUGCUGUUUCUCCUUUGAUAGAUUCAUUAAAGAAUUCUGACAUCUCAGCAAGCUCAACAGAGAUGAUUUUGAACAUCCUUUCUCGAAUUUGGGAUCCUAAUAAAGAAAUGAAGUUAAAGUUUUAUGAUGCGCCAGUUAAUGGUUCAAGAGCAGAGUGGAAUAGAAAAAGAAAUUCUCGGUCACCUGGCCACUUAAAAGAUAUAGCUGAGUCAAAAUCAGGAUCCAGCACUCAGACGAUGGAUGCAGGAGGUCUUGUUGAUUCUGCCUUCCUUUCUCGUCUAGUUGACAUUUUGAAGACACCUUCCCCCAGCUUACAGAAAAAAGCUGCUUCCAUACUUGAGUAUUUUACCAUCAAUGACAUGUAUGUGGAAAAGUUCAUCUCAGUCGACAUAGCAGCGGGCUUAGAUGUUCUUUUUAAUCAAAAUUAUUUGAGUGUGGUAGAUGUGGAUUCAGCCAUAGAUGUAGAGAGGCCAGAAUUUGUUGUUCUGAAAGUUGAAGAAGCUGGUAGAGCAAUAUCAGCAGCAUGUCGGUUGCUUACAAGGCUACUUGAUUUCGGGCAGUUCUGCAGUGUCAUAGACAUUCAGCAGUUCACAUUGUUGCUCCGAAAAAUUCUCAAAUCGGAAAUAAAUGUCCACGACAAGGACUGGGUUGCUGCUUCUCUUGUCAAACUUGGGUCCAUCUCAGGACCAAACCUGGACCUCGAGAAUCCGGUGACGAUGGACGUUACACUUUAUGAAACAAUCCCAAGGCUGAUAGAAAAGAUCAAGACUUCAUUUUCACAGGAAGUUCAAGAAGCUGCAGUUCUGGAACUUAAUAGAAUCAUUUCUGAAGGGGUGGUGGACUCGACUAGGGCAGUUGCGGCAGAGGGUGGAAUUUUCACACUGGUAAAGUUGCUCGAAACGGGUAACGAAAGAGCAAUAGAAGCUGGUUUGAUGAUACUAUAUAAUUUGAGCAUGGACACUGAAAAUCAUGCAGCAAUCAUAGCAGCAGGAGCUGUACCCAUUUUGAGGAGAAUUGUACUCUCACAGAAGCCGCAGUGGACACAAGCCCUUCGUUUGCUGAGAGUGUUACCCACAUGA